UGGUUGUGUUUGAAGGAUCCUGAAGACGAAGGUAAACUCUAUCCGGUAUUGGUGUGGAUUCAUGGUGGUUCUUUUCUGGCUGGAUCUGGCGAUACUGGAAUUGAUAUGGAGGUAGUCGCCAAGAACUUCAUCUUCAAUGGAGUUGCGCUCGUAACGCUCAACUAUCGACUUGGACCACUCGGUUUGCUUCUCAAAUAA